AUGUACAGUGCAUUGCAUAAGAAACUGAACAUCGCAUUUCCGCGCGCGUUGUUUGUCCGCGCCAAAAUAUACCUCUUCGGGUAUCAGCAAAUGCGACGACGACUUGCAGGCUCUGGCCUUUAUCCCGAGCUUCCAAAACCCGCCACAAACGUGUCGCCGGCACAAACAAUAAUUGAAACCAAGUCUGUGUCUUCCGCGUCUUCAUCGUCGACGGCUUCAACUUCGUCCAGAGACUCAGGAUCUCCUGUUCCCAAGCGGAUGUCUCAGCGUGUGAUAGACUCGGACUCGGAGACAGAGUCGGAUGGCGUGGAGUACGUUAGGUUUCCCGAACCACAUGACUCUGAAGACGAGGUACAGACAGUCGCUACCAACACGACCAAAUCAACGGCAGCGCACGCCAUCCUCAUGCCCGUACCACAACCGUAUAUUUCUGCCUCCCAGGCUAACCCGCCCGCCAACAACCCCGUAUGGGAAACCUUCGACGUACCCGAGGAAAGGUACCUCUACGAGCCCAAGAAGACGGCCGAGCAGGCGGAGAAGGACAUUCGCGCCCUAUGCGAAGACACACUCGCCCAAGGCGAGGACGUGGAGAUCGACAUGUCGCUCGCGAAGGUGCCCGGGUUCAAGGAGAGCGUGACGCUGCUGCCGCACCAGAUCAUAGGGCGGACGUGGAUGGCGGAGCGAGAGCAAGGGAAGGGCAGAGGCGGUAUCUUGGCGGACGACAUGGGGCUGGGAAAGACAAUACAGAUGCUGACGAGAAUUGUGGAAGGGAGACCGACGAAGACGGAUAAGAAAGAGGGCUGGGCGGCCCCGACGCUCGUCGUUUGCCCACUCGCGCUGGUGGCCCAAUGGAAGAGCGAGGCUGCCAAGAUCACGGACGGCCUCCGUGUCAUCGAGCACCACGGUCCCAAGCGCGCGACAAACCCCGAGGAGCUGAAGCGCGCGCACAUCGUCGUCACCACGUACCAGAUCGUCGCGCAGGAGUACCAGGUGUACCAGAGCGACCCGAAGAACGCGGCGGGCGGCAGCAGCGAUGACGACUCCGACGAUUUUGGCGGCACUCUGCUCAAGAAGAAGCCGAAGACACGGGCCAAGAAGAAGGCAGAGGCCAAGAAUGCGCUGUUCCGUGUUAGGUGGUGGAGGAUUGUCCUAGACGAGGCACAUAAUAUUAAGAAUCGCAAGGCGAAGAUGUCUAUGGCCUGCCAUGCCUUGGACGGGAAGUACAAGUGGUGUCUAACGGGUACUCCGCUUCAAAACAGCGUGGAGGAGCUUUACUCUUUGCUCAAGUUCCUCGAGAUACGGCCCCUGAACGAUUGGGAGACGUUCAACGAGAAGAUUGCGAAGCCAGUCAAAUCCGGCCGGUCCGCCCUCCCGAUGAAACGACUUCAUGUGGUCCUUGCUGCGAUUAUGCUGCGCAGGAAGAAGGACACGUUCCUGAACGGCAAACCACUUUUGGAGCUACCCGCUCGGAAGGUGGAAGUGGUGUCGUGUGCAUUUGACGUGGAGGAGCGCGCAUUCUAUAACGCCGUCGAGGAGAAAGUACGGAGCUCGUUCGAGAAACUCGCGCGGGCGGGUGAUCUGCAGAAGAGUUACACCACUAUCUUGGUGCUACUUCUGCGCCUUCGGCAAGCCUGUGACCAUCCUGCUUUGAUAAACAAAGAUUACCGGGCGGAUGAGGAGGCUAUCGAGCCAAGGGAAGCAAAGAACGACGAUGAGGAUGACGACGACUUGGCCAAGGCAUUCGGAGCCAUGAACGUCACCAACCGACCGAAAUGUCAAAUGUGCCGUACAGACUUGGACUCGUCGAACAUGUCAGACGAAGACGGAAGUUACUGUAUUGCUUGCGCAGACCUCGCACGAAAAGCUCGGCGCAAGUCGACUGUCACGGGGCCGCUCGGUUUGCCGCAGGACUCAGCUAAAAUCCGGAAGAUCGUCGAGCUCUUGCGUGAGAUCGACGAUAGGUCAGACGGCACAGAGAAGACUAUCAUAUUCUCGCAAUUCACGUCGAUGCUUGACCUGAUCGAACCCUUCUUGAAGGCCGAGGGUUUCCGUUUCGUCCGAUAUGAUGGUUCUAUGACCAAGGACAAACGAGAUGCCGCACUAGAGAAACUGAAGAGUGAUAGCAAGACAACUAUCAUUUUGAUUUCCUUCAAGGCGGGGAGUACAGGCUUGAACCUGACUGCAUGCAACAACGUCAUUCUGACUGACCUGUGGUGGAAUCCGGCAUUAGAAGAUCAAGCCUUUGACCGGGCUCAUCGAUUUGGUCAAAAACGCGAUGUUUCCAUCUUCAAGCUUACGAUAGAGGACACCGUCGAACAACGCAUACUCGAGCUGCAAGAGAAGAAGCGUGCCCUAGCGGAUGCAGCCCUUGCUGGGAACAAGCUCAAGUCGGCCAAACUUGGUCUCGACGACCUCGUGGCUCUUUUCCGCGCUGACGACCGGGAUGACGAAGAAGUAGACGACUAGAACGAAUGAUACAUCUCUCGAACAUUGUUCUUGGCAUAUUUCUACUGCUCCCUUAUGCAGUCGCUGUUUUCUCGCAUAUAUCUACUGUAUGAUCUGUUACUCACGAUACAUUGACGAUGGAAUGGAAAUCGGAUUGGCUUGACGACCUUAGCAAACAUUGGAUCAUAUACCUAUGUGUCAAUCGGCAUCUUCUCCGCCGUCCAGGCGGGCAAAUGUUGCUUGUGUCCAUCCAUAGCAUCUCCGAAGGCG